CUUGAACCCGACUUGUUGCCGACGUCCCAUUUAAUCUUCACCCUCGAACAGUUCGGUGCGAAGAUAACACCCACCCUAGACCUCGCCUCGGCAAUUCUUUGGAGCUGGACCAAACGACAUCAACCACGACUCAAUUCCUCGACAGCAUAUAUAAAGCCACGACAAUAGAUAAUGUCCUUAGAAUCCUUCCAAUCCUCGUACUCAAUGUCUGUUCUACCACCUGAAAUCUGGUUCGAAAUAUUUUCCUGGGCAACCAUGCCAGAGGGCGCCACUCCCUACGAAUCCAACUACAAGCCCUUCCGUGAAUCGCCCGCCCGUGAUGACCGUGGUGUCGACCUCAAAGUCAAAGCACUCACCUCGAAGCUGUCCUUGGUCUGCAGGGAUUGGCACUCGAUGACAACAGAGCUCUUGUACAAGGACGUUCUGAUCAAUCGUGGACAGAAUGCCUUGAAGAGCGUCCUUUGUCCCCACGAGGAUGAACCAGGCUAUGGGAAAAUGGUCCGCCGCGCAGUACUACCCUAUGACAGUACCGUCACCGACCAUUGGACCAGGGAUCCAUCACCGUCUGUCGAGAUCCUCAGGCUCUGCAGUCGUCUCGAGGUCCUGAUAAGGCCCAGGACCGUCCAGUAUGCCAUGCGUUCCCUCACAUUCGAAUUCGAUGCCGACUCUGUCUCGCUUCCUUCAUUGAAGCGACUGGAGUGGUGGCAUAAUAGCGAGGCGGAGCGUUCUGGGGGUAUCAAUUCACUUGGUGCCGUUCUGCGAAGCUCGCCCAACAUUGCGUACCUCUUCAUUGGCGGCGCUUCAGGUAUGAGUUCCAUCAUGCUUGACUCGACACCGCUCUGUCUUCCCUCUUUGGAGACACUGCGCCUCUUCUCUGUCGGCGGCUUCCUCCUCCAUCAAAUCUGCAACCGUUUAACUCUCCCAGCACUGUCCCAUGUUGUCGUGGACAGCGUGUUGAAUAAUGGCGAUCUCGAGGGUCUCUGGGAGUCUCACGGAGAAACCAUCGAAUCUGUAGAGUUGGGCCGACAUCUCCGUUUCAUGUUGGGUGACGAGAUUAGCCUUUGUCUCGAGCAUUGUCCUCGUCUCGAAGAGAUCAAUUACUACCUCUUCUUCACCGCCUCUCCUCACUUUACUGGUGUUCAUAGAAAUGUUCAUACCGUCAGCCUUCAUGCCGCUCACAACAUGGCCAUGGACCAUUUUGACAUGUGGGAGCAUCUUGAAAAGCACUUCGAUUUGCUUCUCGGUGAUUCUCUCCCUGCGUUGCAUACCGUUCGUUUGUUUGGUGAUUGGGGCGAAACCGUGGAGCAGCCACGUUUCCAUCACCUCUAUCAUGCUUUGAUAGAUCGUGGCUGCUACGUCGACGUUUGAUUUGACUAUGAAUCCUUUCUACGAUUUCGUAUUUACGACGCCUCUGCCAUGUUUUGACAGGCACUGGUACUGGCUCACGAUUACCUAUGUAUACAUAUACUACAUUGGGACUCACUGGUUUUAUUAUUUACGGAUAGACUACUGAUAGAUAUUAUUUAGACCUGAUGGGAUCUUCGUAACCUCCGCAGAACUCACCCACAUACGUAGAUAGAUUUGUGGAUUCGUAUAUAUACCUUUAUAUUGCUGGCCCUGCUAUGAAAAAAAGGUCCUCAACCAACUUGC